AUGAGCACCCCAAACCCCCUCCGCAUCGCCAUCCUCAUCAACACACCCCCGGACACCGACUUCUGGCACGACGUGCACAAAUGCUACCAGGACUCCUUUCUUGCCGUUGCGCCGGCUGCCCAGAUAGACAUGUACGACCCGGUCUUCGAGCGCCACUUCCCGCGCCCCGGGGAUUACGAUCUAGUCGUCCUGACGGGGGGCAAAGCGGAUGCGUCCUCUUCUGAGCCGUGGGUGCUGGGGGUGUUGGAGUUUCUGAGAUGCGCAGCGAAGGAGGCGCCCAGGACGAAGAUCCUGGGGAUUUGCUGGGGUCAUCAGGCUAUCUCCCGGGCGUUUGGUGGUGUCGUGCGCGCUGUGCCUUCGGGGCCGAUUGCUGGACUGGAAGAUGUGCGAUUAACGGAAGCGGGGAGGAAGUUCUUCGCGUGUGAUGAGAACACUGCUAUCUAUCGGUUACCCGAGUUCCACGUGCGGGAGGUGGCCCAGCCUGGCGACGGGUUCAUCCACCUCGCGGAGAACCAUGAAAUGUUCGUGAACCAGCAGAACACGGUGCUAUCGUUCCAGGCGCAUCCGGAGAUUGAGGCCGAGAUGGCGAAGAAGCUGUUGUUGGAGGAGGAUGAUAGGUACAACGGGGGGCUUUCCCAGCAGGAGCUGGAGAGGCAUCUAGCUCGCUUGGAUCAACCAACGGAUGGGUUGACAGUGUUGAAGCGGGUUGUUGAGUGGGUGAAGGAGUAG